UCUCUUUACACAAACUUUACACUACCUGCUUGAAAGGUAUUCUUAUCCUUUUGUUGGACAACAAUUUCAGCAGCAAUGGGAAACUGUUGUCACAGUUUCUGGAACUCUGCUAAAAACACUGAUAUUCGAAUCAGUCUCCCAGCUGUUUGCUUUGUUUGGCAAACUGCCAUGAUCAUCCUGUUUGGGGUCUUUGUACGUUAUGAUGAAGAGUCUGAUGCUCACUGGGCCGAAUAUAAGAAGGAGCAUAAUAUUACAAGUGACGUUGAAAAUGAUUUCUACUACAGAUAUCCAAGUUUCCAAGAUGUCCACGUCAUGAUCUUUGUGGGGUUUGGCUUCCUCAUGACUUUUCUGAAGCGCUACAGCUUUGGUGGAGUAGGCUUCAACUUCCUUAUAGCUUCUUUUGGGCUGCAGUGGGCUCUGCUGAUGCAAGGCUGGUUCCACUCACUGGACCCUACAGACGGCAAGAUUAAGAUUGGAGUAGAAAGUAUCAUCAAUGCUGACUUCUGUGUGGCUGGCUGCCUAAUUGCAUAUGGAGCCUGUCUGGGAAAAGUCAGUCCUGUACAGCUGAUGGUGUUAACUCUGUUUGGAAUCACCUUAUAUGCAAUAGAGGAGUACAUCAUCCUCAAUCUUUUGCAUGUCAGAGAUGCUGGUGGCUCCAUGGUCAUCCACACAUUUGGAGGGUACUAUGGUCUGGCAAUAUCGUGGGUGCUCUAUCGGCCAAAUUUACACCAGAGCAAACGUCUCAGUGGAUCUGUUUACCACUCAGAUGUCUUUGCUAUGAUUGGAACUCUGUUCCUCUGGAUGUACUGGCCCAGCUUCAACUCUGCCAUUUCAGAUCAUGGAGAUGCACAACACCGAGCUGCCAUUAACACUUACCUGUCAUUGGCAUCCUGUGUCCUCUCAAGUUUUGCCCUAUCCAGCCUUUCUGCAAAAAAGGGCAAAUUAGACAUGGUUCAUAUCCAGAAUGCCACUCUUGCGGGAGGUGUUGCUAUGGGAACAGCAGCUGAAUUUAUGAUUACACCCUAUGGUUCACUUAUUGUUGGCUUCCUCUGUGGGAUAAUCUCUACCUUUGGCUACCUAGUGAUAACUCCAUUCCUCGAAAAACGGCUAAAGAUUCAGGACACAUGUGGAAUCCAUAAUUUACAUGCUAUGCCAGGUUUCCUUGGGGGAGUUGUAGGUGCCAUUACAGCUGCUGCUGCCACCGAAUCUGUCUAUUCACAUGAAGGACUUAUCAACACCUUUGAUUUUACUGGUGACUACGCAAAAAGGUCUCCACAAACACAAGGAGGCUAUCAGGCUGCAGGUCUUUGUGUGGCUAUGGCCUUUGGACUAGUAGGUGGAGCAAUAGUGGGCUUUAUCCUUAAACUGCCUUUAUGGGGCGAUCCAGCUGAUGAUAACUGCUUUGAUGAUGAAGUUUACUGGGAGUUGCCUGAAGAUGAAGAAAAUAUCCCUCCAAUCCUGGAAUACAACAACCACUUUGCUAACAAACAGCCUGACACAUGUCUGUCUGAGUCCAACUUCUCCGUAGAGCAGAGUUAAUCAGAUUUGGAAAAUGGCACAGAGGUGAUGCAGAUACAAUCUGUGCUGUAUGAAACCUGUCCGUUGGGCCUGUGGCACCCAGGAAAUCAAAGAUAAUAACAUUAUCUUUAUAUAUAAUUGUAAAGAAAAUCUUUUCAAAUGAUUUUUAGUUUUUUUUAUGGAAUAGGAAGCACACUGUUAUUAAACAUAUGUAAAGUUGGAGUUGUCCUGGAGUUAUUCUGCUCUUCAGAAUGUCAUGGUUGAGGCUCUGUUACUGCCCUUUGUGAUAUUUAUUCAAAUUGUGAAUCUUUUUUGAAUUGUAUGUUCACUUUUGUGAAUUUGACUGAUUUUAUUUAAUACCUUAUGCAUAAUUUGCUGUCAUUAAAGUAAACAUGAAGUAAAA